AUGGCGCUGCCCGCCCCGCCGCCGCUGCUGAGCGCCAGCCUGGACAACGCCCGGCACCUCUCCGGCCUCCUCAGGGCCGUGCACUUCCAGGACCACGCCACCUGCCUCGCCACGGCCAACGGCCUCCGGGUGACGGUGGAGGACGCCAAGUGCAUCCAGGCCAACGCCUUCAUCCAGGCAGAAAUUUUUCAGGAAUUUGCUGUUCAGGAGGAAUCAGUGACGUUCCGGAUCAAUUUGUCUGUUCUCCUCGACUGCUUGACCAUUUUUGGUGCCAGCUCUUUGCCAGGAACAUCAACAGCCCUGAGGAUGUGUUACCGUGGUUAUGGCCAUCCCUUGGUGCUGUUCUUGGAAGAAGGAGGAGUAGUGACAGUGUGCAAAAUUAACACUCAAGAACCUGAGGAGCUGUUAGACUUUGAUUUCUGCAGUACAAAGGUCGUUAAUAAAAUCAUUCUGCAGUCAGAGGGGCUACGAGAAGCAUUUGCUGAACUGGAUAUGACCAGUGAAGUUCUGCAGAUUACCAUGUCUCCAGACAAACCCUACUUCAGGUUGUCCACUUUUGGAAAUGCAGGAAGUGCACAUCUGGACUACCCUAGGGACUCGGAUUUGAUGGAAGCAUUCCACUGUAACCAGACCCAGACAAACAGGUACAAGAUUUCUUUGCUUAAACCAUCUACAAAGGCACUGGCUUUGUCUUGUAAAGUGUCAAUUCGAACAGAUGCUCAAGGAUUUCUUUCACUGCAGUAUAUGAUUAGGAAUGAAGACGGACAGAUCUGUUUUGUGGAAUACUAUUGUUGCCCUGAUGAGGAUAUUACUGACGCAGAGCCGUAGGUGCACAGUCUGUUGUCUGUAUUAUAUUUAUGGAUAUUUAAAAUACUUUAUUUUUUAUAAAACUGAAUGAAAGCUGUAAAGAUUGAUAGAUGAUACAUAUUUUGUUUUUUUAACUCUGGAAUUAGAAAUGCAAAGACUUCUUUUUUAUUACCUUGCAAACAUUUCUUAGCCUUGAAUCAAAAAAACUGAAGCUAGAAAGGCAAAAAGGGGAGUUGGUCUCCUCUAGGCACUGACUCCAGCACAGAUGUUCAAGUGCUGUUUGUGUCAGACGUUGCAGCUUUUUACAGCAGCAACCCUCCUGUAAUUCUUGUUCUCCAAAAAUUUUUGUUUGUGUUGUGGGGUUUGUUGUGUUUUUUUUGUCUUUGGCUUGUUGUAAGCAGUUACAGAAGGGAAAAUCUGAACACUAGCAGUAUGUUAGCCAGUUAACUCUCAGUGACUUAAAGCCAGAUCUGUCUUGAAAAAGGUUGACAUUUUCAAACUGAUUUCCUAAAAGCUGGAGGUGGUUUCAUUCUGGCAAACGCCAGCAUGUUUUGCUGGUGAAGCCACUAGGCUUCUCCUCAUCUUGAUUAAUUCUCAAUAUAACUCAAUUCCUUGGAGUUUCCUCUGAUACCAGUUUACCCUUUUGUCUGUAAUACUGGUGUUGAAUUGGUAAAUAAAGAUAGAUGCCAGGAUUUACUUACUCAAUACUCAUAACUUCUCUGUCAAUGUUACAGUUUUGUAUCUGGUUAUUUAUUACACAUAUGCAAGAAUGCUGCUGCUGAAAUGUCUCUUUCUGGAUGUGUCCCUGCUCCUAGCCUGCUCCUAACACUGCUAAGAAUCAUAAAAGGAGAGAAAAGUUUCAUAUUUGAAAUUAUUUGUGAAGUUUGUUUACCUUCUCAGUAGCUUUUUUCAGCAACAGGAGGGACUCUCAAACUGAAGUAAAAUCUGUGUCCCUCGGAGGGGUGUCUUCCUGUCACUGCUAAAAAUGGGUCUAACCUCCAGCUCCCUGGAAAGAGAGGGCAAUUUCUGGAGAGCUUCCUGCAGUGGCCAGCUUUGCAGAGCAGUGGCGUGGGCUGCACUGAGGACAAAAGUUUCACACCUCUCCAUUGCAAACAACCUGCUCAGAACAGGAGGCCCACCAGAUUCAGCUGGGUCUUGACCCAGAUGCAGAAGCUGCAGCUCACACUGCAGGAGGCUGAAGUCUCCCUGCCUUGCUGCCUUGGGGUGGGAUCCAGGAGUCAGCCAUCAGUCAGCUGUAGCCUGUUGUCAAGUUUUGUGGUUUGUCCAGAGCUGAACUCCUGCUUUGCACACGUGGAAACCAGUAUGUUCGUAUGUUUUCCAAGCCGAUUGCUCCACGGUUCAACAGAAUCCAAGUCCUUUGGUUUAUUUUAAGUUUAAAAUGCUUUUGUUGACCGUUUUUCACGUCUGUCUCAUGUCAGGAAGAGGAUACUUUCAGAGUGCACAGUGUCAGCAGUCCAAUUCUGUUGUUGUUCAUUCAGGUUGUCCAUUUAUUGCAAUAAAUUUUACUUUUUAAAAACAA